UCGCGGCGCUUGGUGCCCAACGUCCAUCUAGGUACGAUCCUGCCCAAGGAGGCAGAGUGAGCGGAAUCGGGCACAAAAAUGGAUUGGAAGUGCGUGGUCUGCGGCACGGUGGAUUUGGUGGUGAAGGGUUCCAAGUGCGCAGCCAUGGUGGACACGGGAGCUGAAAAGAACAUCAUCCGGGAGGCCGAUGCAAUCAAGUUUGGACUGGAUAUAGACCGAUCUGAUUGCGGGAUUCUGCAUGGGGCCAGCUGCAAGGCCGUGUUUUGUGGGACAGUCUCGAACGUGCUCAUCGAGGUUGAAAAGGAGCGGACAUUGAUGGUGGAGUUGAUGAAGAGGAGGCAUCGCGCCUAUGCGUUUAGUGACGAGGAGCGUGGAAGGCUGGAUGUGGACAAGAUACCUAUGAUCCGCAUCCACACCGUGCCACACGAGCCUUGGAACAUGAGAGGGGUGCGAUAUCCUAAUCCUAACGAGGAAAAGAAGGUGGUGGAUUACCUCGACGGCAAGAUACGUACGCACGUCGCCGACUAUUCGAGCGGACCGUAUGCAUCCCCGUGGUUCUGCUUCAUCAAGCCCAACGGGACGCUGCGGUGGGUGCAAGAUUUGCAGAGGCUGAAUGCGGUGACCGUGCGGGAUGCUGGAGGAUUGCCCAAUGCAGACGCGCUGUCGGAAUCCUGUGCUGGAAGGCCUAUAAUUUCGCUUAUAGACCUUUACUCAGGAUAUGAUCAGUUUUCGGUUUACCCGCCAGACAAGCCGGUGACGGCUAUGCACACGCCGCGAGGGUUAAUCCACAUGAAUGUGGCCCCACAAGGGUGGACCAACGCGGUAGCAAUGGUCCAACGGGCCAUGAUUCGUGUUAUGCAGUCAGUCAGCCCUCAUAUCACACAACCAUAUAUCGAUGAUUUGACAGUGAAAGGGCCGACAGUGAAGGAGAACGACGAAAUCUCGCCAGGGAUAAGACGCUUUGUUUGGAAGCACAUCCAGGACCUUGAAAAGGUCCUGAGCCUGCUCGAGGAGCAUAACCUUACGGCAAGCGGGGCCAAAUCCAGACACUGCAUGAGGGAAGCAACUAUCUUAGGGUUCGUCUGCAGCGAGAAGGGCCGGAGGCCGGAUGUGAAGAAGACGGACAAGAUUACUGAGUGGCCAGUUCCGUUCUACUCAAUAAUUGAUGUCAGAAGCUUUCUUGGAGGGCAUCGAGGGGUACAAGCCACGUAUGCCAAGAUAAGUGGGUUGUACUACUGGGAUGGGAUGAUGGAAAUGGUCGGGAAGUUUUGCCGAUCUUGUGUACCUUGCCAGAAGAGAUCCCGUUUAAGGCAAGGAGAACCGCUGCAUCCAAGGCUAGAGCGAGAGGUGGGGGCUGUAGUGCAUCUCGAUUUACUUUUCAUACCGCUUGGGGAUCAGGGCUAUAACUAUAUCUUCGAUGCGCGCGAUAACCUGUCUGGGUUCGUAGACGGGCGUGCUAUUCGCACAAAGACAGUCCUGGUGAGCUACAUCGAGGAGUAUUAUCUGCGCUAUCCUUUCGUCAGGGAAUUCGUAAUGGAUAGGGGAUCGGAGUUUACCUGCCAGGAGGUGCAAGAAUUGUUAUCAAGGGCGCAUCUGAGAGAGGCCUUUCGACGGCCGGAGCCCCCUCAGCCCAGAGUUGAGAGGCGUCAGAGGAGUCAGAGGCAGAGGGACCCUGAGCCUAGGGAGGCGCGACCAUCUCGAGGAGGACGGAAUGCCCUAGCUAGGAGAGAACCGGAGCCGGAGCCAGAGGUUGAGGAGCGAGGGGCGUACCCUGAGUGUGGGUUGGGACCAGUGGAGUUCCACCGGUUUACCGCGGGAGGAUUGAGGAGGAGGUCGCCAACGUGUGCACAGGAGGAGCCAUCAACAUCUGAGGGGCCCUUGAGGGAGUUAGAGACGCAUUUGGAUAUCUUUCAGUGGAGGGCGUCGCCUCGGGGUGAGGAGUCUGGAGAGCAGGCAGAGGAGGCGCCACAAGAGGAGGUGCCACGAGAGGAGGUGCCACGGGAGGAGGUGCCACGAGAGGAGGUGCCACGGGAGGAGGUGCCACGAGAGGAGGUGCCACGAGAGGAGGUCCAGGAUACUCAGCAAGAGAGAGGGCCGGGUGAUGAGGGGAGACGUGCAGGGAAGGAAGUGAUAGAGGUUGAAGAGGACACGCCCCCUCAGUCGCCAGCAGUAGGCUUGAGGCUUGGAGAUGCACCUGGGGGCACGCGCCAGACAGGAGAGGAGUUGCAGAGAGAAGAGGCCCCAUUGCCUUCGUCGAGAAAGGCUUCUUCACCAGAGAGCAGGGCAGAAAGGAGAAGAGAGAGGGCAGCUGUAAGGAGAGAGGCCUUGACUCUGAUUGAUAGGCACCUAGCAGCUCAUGCCCUAGAGCACCCAGACCUGGAGGAGCCAGCACCUGCAGAGCCACGCCAGGAGUCGUGCCAGCCCAAGAAGGAGAUGGAGGCAGAGAUCCCAAAGAGGGUUGACCUCCACACGAGGGAAAGGGCACCAACUGGAGAGACAGCAGAGGAAAAAGGGGCGAGAAGAACCAGGAGGAUAGACGAGAUAUGGCAAGAGAGACAGAGGUUGGAGGCAGCGGUGGAGCUUCCGGAGCAGCAGCAGGAGAGGCAGAGAUCGGAGGCAGCAGGAGCACUCCCAGCUAUCAUCGAGAGCCUGAGGCAGCAAUCUCAGGGAGAAGUGGACAAGCCAGAGAGCAGCCAGCAGGGGGAACAGAGGCAGGCAGGGCAUGAGUCAGCAGAGCAGCCACGCCAGAGAUCGCCCAUGGGGAGAGUCAUCAUGGAGCCAGAGGAGGCAAAGGCCAAGAGGGAGGCAGAGAGAAGAACUUUUGAGUUUAGGACUCCUACAGAGCUCAGCACUCUGCCUAUUAUGCCAACAGAGCCUGUUUUGCUCAUACCAGUUGAGGAGGGUUUGCCAGCGAUUAGCAGUGGGCCGGCUCAGGGCUCAGCUGGGGAGUCCAUGGAUGUACUCUUAGAGGCGAUAGAUACCAUGCAGGAGGAGGCGAGUUUGUUCUCACCUGAGCAGAGAUUGGACGAGCCUCUGGAGAGUGCAUUGAGAGUUGAGACCAGGGAUGUUGCUGAGGGCAGGCCACAGAGAUUGGACCCACCUGAAUAUAGGCCAGAGGGGGUUGGGAUUCGAUCGCAGUCGAGUACUUAGGAGUUGGAGAGGAAGCCUGAGGGGCCCUCGGACGUGCCUUUGAG